AUAAAGAGGUGUGGACGAAAGAGGAGGCCUAUAGUGAAAUCAGCGAAAAUGCGAACGGGCCGUGAUUCACAACAACAGCGGAGUUUAUGUUCAUUUUAGCUUGACAUUUGUAGCCUGUUGUAGGGAGGGUGGUCCUGGUGGGCGGGACUUGGGCGGCGCCCGUGAAGAGCCAUCCUUGGAGGAAGCUCGCAGAUUUGACAGGUCGCGUUUUCACCUCAGUUUUGUUGACCGUCAAGACGACGAAGAUGGACUAUGUGCGCUGUUUUCUACCCUGAAGUCCGUCCCGUUUCAGACGAGUAAGGGUGCGCGGUGUCGGUUGGCGUUGCUGCUCCGUUGUCACGGUAAUGGCGCGAGCCACGCGUCCGCUUCUUCACUUCAGACUAAGCCGUCCUUGAUAUACGCCUUUCCCCUUAAGGUGGCCUGCUUCUGUCUCUGGAUCAAGCACGUGUAAGCCACGGCAUUACACCGCCAGAAACCCAGUCUGACCUUGACCUUGUACCUGGACCAUUACCCUGGGCUUGGUGGUCAUGUCUAGCCCCAGCAGUAGUCCAGAGAGAGAUGGGGGAAUGGUGGGCUCAGUGCAGCUGGAGAAUCUUUCCUCGCCUGCAGGUCUAGAGGCUGACCCCCCCUCUGUAGGAAGCCCUGUGCUCAGUCCAGACUCCAGUUCCCAUGAUGCCGCACUCUCUGCACCAGCGGCCUCGCCAGCUGACUCAGAAAAUCUUAGCCCAGAUGAGCUGGAGCUGCUGGCUAAGCUGGAGGAACAGAAUAGGCUACUAGAGGCUGAUUCUAAGUCCAUGCGCUCCAUGAGCGGUUCCCGCAGAAACAGCGGUUCUUCGCUAGUGUCCAGCUCCUCUGCCUCCUCCAACCUAUCCCACCUAGAAGAAGACACCUGGAUCCUGUGGGGGCGCAUUGUCAAUGAGUGGGAUGAGUGGAGGCGCAAGAAAGACAAACUGCUGAAGGAGCUGAUCAGGAAAGGCAUUCCGCAUCACUUCCGGGCAAUUGUGUGGCAGCUGCUGGGCAAUGCCACUGACAUGCCGGUGAAGAACCAGUAUUCUGAGCUGCUGAAGAUGUCCUCGCCCUGCGAGAAACUUAUACGCAGAGACAUCGCCCGCACCUACCCCGAGCACGACUUCUUCAAGGGUCAGGACAGUCUGGGCCAGGAGGUCCUCUUUAAUGUCAUGAAGGCGUACUCCCUAGUGGAUCGUGAGGUGGGAUACUGUCAGGGCAGUGCUUUCAUUGUUGGACUGCUUCUAAUGCAGAUGCCAGAGGAGGAAGCAUUCUGUGUGUUUGUGCGGCUGAUGCAGGAGUACAGGCUCAGAGAGCUCUUCAAACCCAGCAUGGCAGAGCUGGGCCUCUGCAUAUAUCAGUUUGAGUACCUGCUGCAGGAACAGUUGCCGGAGUUGAAUGUCCAUUUUCGCUCACAGAGUUUUCACACCUCCAUGUAUGCCUCAUCAUGGUUCCUCACACUCUUCCUCACCUUCCUGCCUCUGCCCAUAGCAACACGCAUCUUUGAUAUCUUCAUGUAUGAGGGUUUGGAAAUUAUAUUCCGAGUGGGAAUGGCCAUUUUACAGUACAACCAGACAGACCUCAUACAGCUGGACAUGGAAGGCAUGUCACAGCAUUUCCAGAAGGUGAUACCUCACCAGUUUGACAGCUGCCCUGAUAAACUCAUCCUCCGGGCCUACCAAGUUAAAUACAACCCCAAGAAGAUGAAAAAAUUGGAGAAGGAAUACACCACAAUCAAGAACAAGGAAAUGGAGGAGCAGAUUGAAAUUAAGAGACUACGAACAGAGAACAGACUGCUGAAGCAGAGAAUUGAGACACUAGAAAAGGAAAGUGCUGCGCUGGCAGACAGGUUGAUCCAGGGCCAGGUGACACGAGCGCAGGAAGCAGAAGAGAAUUAUGUGAUCAAACGGGAAUUAGCUGUGGUGCGUCAACAGUGCACAGCAGCCAGCGAAAACCUGGAAAAAGCACAGGACACAAUACGAGAACUGCAGCAACACACGUACACAGAACAAUUUGUGCAUGGGCUGCAGACUCAGCUGGAGCAGUCUCGCCUUCAGGAGGCAGAGCUCCUCAGUGCACUGAAGGAGAUGCAGGAUAAGGUGCUGGACCUCGAGAAGAGGAGCAGUUCCCUGCCUGAUGAGACAAAUGUAGCACAGCUGCAAGAGGAGCUGAAGCAGGUGAAGCUGAGAGAGUUGGAGACACUACGGUCCUUCAGAGAGCUGCAAGAUAUUGUCACUGAACUCAACCAGCGCUGGCAGCACCACACAUCUCGUGGAGGAGGCCACUGGAAAGAGUCUCCCAAGAAGAAUGCCUUGAAUGAGCUGCAGGACAAAUUAAUGAGCCUAAAACUGAGAGAGGCUCAGACCCAGGCUGAACUCAAAGAGGUCAAACUCAAAAACCUGCAGCUGGAGAGCCAGAAUCAGAUUUACAGUAAAGCAGUGAGCCGUCAUGAGCAGGAGAGCGCCGCCCUGCAGGAGAGACUGCAGAAUGCCUUAUCUCACAACAAGAGUCUGCAGAGCCAGCUCAACGAGAUGAAGAGGAAACAGGCAGAGUCAGACUGCAAGAGUAAGGAGGAGGUGAUGGCGGUGCGCCUGAGGGAGGCAGACAGUAUGGCAGCCAUGGCUGAACUCCGACAAAAAAUAGCUGAGCUAGAAAUACAAAAAGAGGAAGGGUUGAUACAGGGUCAGCUGAAUCACUCUGAUUCUAGACAGUACAUUACUCAACUGAGGGAACAGAUCGCCGAGCUAAAGAAUGAGAUACGGCAGCUCCGUGGCCAGCCCUCCAAAUUCCAAAACUCUGGAGGUGGGGCCUUUCAGGACCUGUGCCUGGCAAGCCCAGCUUCUGCAGAAGGAGAUUACUUGAGUUCGGACGAGGACCUCCUCCAGAGCCCCCUGCCAGCCACCGCUCUGUACCCUCACCACCCAUCCCCACGGCUGGACAGCGAGGGCAGCACCGACAGUGACGGAGAAGAGAGGAUCCAGCACCAGGACCUGCGGCAGGAUGUCUUACCCACUACACAGCAGCUUUAUCCCGGUAUGGUUUGCCCUGAGGGCCUGGAGAACUGAUGGUACUGGAGAAAAGAGGGUGAUGGAUUCAUACUGAGACAUGGGAGAGGAGAAACACUGCAAACACAUAGGCAGAGUCACAAAGAACACGCGAGUACAAACAUACACAUACAUACUAAUACACACCCAUGAAGACCGAACUGUGAUUGGUACAAAAGAAAGGGGAGAAUGCAUAAAUAUCAUCUAAGUUCAAGAGAAAGACUAUAUAUGUAUAGAAACACGACAGAAGUACAGAAGCACAGACUGCACUCUUAAAAAUGAAGGUGCAACAAAGGGUUCUUUGGUGCAAUGCCAUAGAAGAACUACUUGUAAUUCCCUAAAGAACCUCUCAAAGAAUGAUAUUAUAUACUGUAUGUUAUAAUGGUAUUGCUGUAAUUAAGAUGUGUGACUCCAUUUACACCUGGUUAUUUGAUGUAUCUUGAGUAUCAGAAUUAUAAUGAUAUCCAGAUUAUCCACAUAUAAAUGAUUUUGAAAUGCAGUAGGCAAAUUCAGAACUUAAGGAAGUGGUCUGAGAUUGAUUUUAGCCUGAAAUGUCCAAACCACAUUUGACAACCAAUACUGCAUUGAAGCCUCCCUUAGCUGUGCUACAUAUUGGGGAAAUAAAUGCCCACUUGACUGCCACCACUAAACAGAGUCAUCACUGCUCCUUAGCUCAUACCAUGAGUUUCUUCUCAAAGUGUAUCUCAGUAGCCUUCAAAAGCCAGUUACAAUAUCGCCUCAGUUUGGUUAAUCUUUACUUCAUAUCAUCAUCUCACUACAAAACAUUAAGCUUUAAUGUAUAAUCUUCCUUCAGGAGACUGAUUAUUCUAAGCAGCAGUCGUCUUGAAAACAUCAGUGUAAAGCCAGUGUAAGGAAAUUAAUAAUGCCCUGAAGAAUUGUGAUUUUCAACCAUCUUCUGAAUAAACCUGAAAAAAACAAGGAACAACAUUCAACCAGUGCAGCUCAACAGCCACAUUUACCGAACAAUUCCAUCUAUGUUAGGUAUAAUAAAUGUAAUUUUAAAGUAGGAUAUCACCCAACAUGUUCAGUUGUGUCCAUGUGAGGAAAUAUAUGAAAUAAAUCAAGUGAACGACCGCUGUAAACCAGCGGUCAGUGUGCUUUUACUGUGGUAACUUGGCUAACCAUCAUUGGGCACAAUCCAGAUACAAGUGACAUGAAACGACCAGGUGUAAACGGGGUCUGGAGCUUAGAAAUAUAUAUGAACCUUUAUUUUUAAGAGUGUAUGACACAAGUUAUUUUUCCCUCCCUCUCUCCGACUGAUCUCACACCUACCCAAAACUGAAACUUACAGUAAAACACAAACGUCCAAAUGUCCAGGGUCCAAACAUCCAAAUGUCCAUAGAUCAGCCUCUAACAUACAUGUCCAUGCAUAUCAUGACUAUUAUCACUAUCAUGAAUUAGAUAUGGAGAUUCAGCCUUUGGUGGCCCUUUCUAUUAGAUAGACUGAAAUGUGCUCACGAACCUUUAUAGUUUGAAUCAAAGGUUCUUGAGGCUUUGACUCCUGAUUUUUGAGACUCCUUGGGGCCACAACUUUGAAUCUGUAGCAUCACAGAUCUGGGAGAUGGACAGUGAAACUCCUUGGAAAUAGAAGAUAUCCCACAAGAACCAUACAGUGCCAGGCCCUUGGCUGUGAACCAGUGGGAUGAAGCUAAUGAAGCUAAACGCUGACAGCUAAAAACCUUUUCCUACAGAAAGAAGGUGCAGGAGCUACCGGCACUCAUACACACGUACACUCUGCCACUGUUCCGUAGCAGUCCAUCCAGAUUUUGUUUUUCACCCUUUCUUCCAGAAGACACCUUGCCUGAUACAUUUCCAACCCUACAAGACACUACAAUCACUUUAUAAGAAAGAGGGAGGGAAAAGAAGAUGGGUGAAAGAGAAACAAGUGGAAGAAGAGCAUGGACUUCUACAUAUAUGAUAUUAUAGGGAUGUUAAUAGAUGCAUAGCUAAAAAUAUUAACAAUUUACAGUAGCUAAUCCAUUUGUUUGUGUGUGUCUUGAUGCCUUGCUGCAAACAAGGAGGGUGAUCACACUUUUUUGGACAGCGAAAGUCCAUCAUUGAAAAACAAACACAGUAUUUCAAAAUUGCCAAAUCUUAAGUUGUUUUGCUAUUAUUUAUAUGUUCCUAUUUAUUUUGAUAUUUUUUUAUUUUUUUAUAUGUAUACUGAGACCGAUAUAAAUACUUCAUAGAAACGGCAGCCAAAUUUUUUAUUGUUUUUAAUUUUACUCCUCUGUGCCAAACCAUGUAAACAGCAAAACGGUGGCGUUUAGUGUCUCCAUGGCAACGCCACAUUAGAAAUGCGGUGAAAAGACAGAAUGAAAUUUUAACUAUGCUGCUACGAUGAUGUUUUAUUUCCCUUUGAGAUAUUCCUUAUGUUCAUAUAUGCACAUUAACUAAUAGCCCAUCUUCCCCUGUAGAGUAGGUCUCUCAUAGCAAGACGUACUGUGAAGAAAUAUGACUUGAACGAGGGUAUAUUAAGGACUCCAGGGUUACUUGAAUUCCAUAUUUCCUCACAAAUAAUUUUAAAUGUGUUAACUUUUCAGGGCUACAAUUGUUUUAGCAAGACAUCUGUUUCUCAUAGAUGUUCAACAUGCAAACCACAGGUUCUAGCUACUCACUGUUCAGCAUUUUGGUUUUGGAUUUGGCCAAGCUGAUUCAUUGGAACAAAGAGGCUGCCAUAUAAGCUUUUGAUGUCUAUUGUCAAUUCUUCAGUGCUGAAUCUAUUAAACAGUAGCAGAAAGAAGACUGAACUUCUCAGUUGACUGCUAACAUGAUUGAAGAUUUGAGGUAUGUAUCAUGUUUUUGUUUAUAUUUCGUCAUCCUGUUUGUUUGUCAAAUAAGUCAAAACCAGGCCACUGCAGUUGUUCACCAUUUUGUUGCCUCAUUUCUGACUUCUACAUUUUGAUACCACCAUCAGUACUUAUACAUGCAGAUCUUCAUCUUGAUAAGACAUUCGUCCCUGACUCCUCAUUCACUCAUAUCACUGCCUUAUUAGACAUAGUUAUGGACUUUGUAGGUGUUGAAAUGGAUGUUCAAAUGUCCUCAGAUGUCUUCACAGCAUACCAUGGCUUCAUUAUGGACAGAUGCUUUAGAAGUGAACAAGUUGUCUCUAAAUAUAUGAAGAACGUUUUUUUUUGCACACAUGUAUAGGUCAUUAUGUGUACUCUGAAUGAUGAGAGGUGUAUUUAAUGUAUCCUUCAUAAAGAAUAAAUUGUCGCUGUUGUAAGAAAAUCUUAUAUCUCCAAAACAGCAAUUUAAGAAGUGAAGGAAAAAUUAUUUCCUUAUUUCCUAAAUCUAUUUUUUUGCUGCUAAGAAAAAGGCCAAGAAAUUACUAUGGGCUGUCAAGUAAAGAAUACAAUACCAUGUUGGAAGACACUGACAUCACAUUAGUCCUUGUUUUUUCUUUGUUUGCAACCCUGUAGUUGAGCCUGAGUGAGAAAGCACAUUUUUAUGGGCUAUACUAUUUCCAGUUUUCCUUUACUGAAUUACAUCUCCUUAGGUAAUUCAACUUCUGGAUUUUGCUCCAACUGCCUGGAGAACUCUGCUGCUGGUUUUAGUUCAUAAAAGAACCCAGGCAGUUAGAAUAAACUCUCAGUAGGGAUUUCCCUUUCGGGGCCUGAACUACCAACUCUGUUUAUUUGUCAUUUUGUUAUGCCACUGCUUUUUUGGUGGCAGACCUUGUUGUACAUCUACUACUGAAAACACGACUUUUUUUUUUCUUCUAGUCUGACUUGACUAGUCCAGAAUCGCUAACGUCUCCUGUCAUAACCAUCUAGCCACCCAGCCACACUAACACUGUUUGCAUGAUGUGUUUGUUGACAUGGGGUUAUUUUUGUUGCUGUAGCUAUGCUACUGUCAAUCACCAUGCGGUUCAAACGCAAACACAGUAAUGAUUAGGCAGAACAGUGGAGCUUGUCUAGCUUUUAACUCUGUUUGAAGUGUGGUUUGCUUGCUUUUUUCCCAAAUCUAACUAAUAUGAAAUAUUUGCACGCUCUAACUUCUGUUCAUGUAACUCUGAUUGGUUUGAUUUUCCAUUCAUCAGGAAACAACAAUAUAAAGGUAACUGGCGUUUUUCAAAUGGAGUAAAAAUACAUCAAUAAAAAAACAGGAGUUACAGGCUUUUCAUAUGACAGCGACAUAAUGAACUGUUGAGCAGGUGAUCAAAAAGCAGCAUCUUUUCACACCUAAAGGAUGUUGCCUGAGGACCCCCCACCAGUCUGUGUGGACUUAAUUUAAUGUGCUGUUAAUAUGCUUGCUGAGCAGUGACAGUCAUUAAGAGUGAAUGAUUCUAUUAUUUGACUUCAGUGCUUCACACCAUCAUCAUAUCCUCUAUCAGACACUAAUGUGCAUGUUGUACGAGACAGCUAAUUGUACUUAAAUGUUUUAGAGCGUAUAUCAUGGUCAUAUGUGUUGGCCAGAAUGCUACAUUCUUUUGCACUAUGAAAGGAAACCUAUUCCGCAUUAAAAAUAAGGGAGCGAUUCACAAAAGAAAAAUAAUCCCAGUAUUACACAUCAACUGAUCUUGUGGGCAUAGGUGGCAGGACUGAGGUCAAGGUUAUGUAUCAGCUCAUGUCAGGGCCCACAGUUGGUGUAACGGAAUAAUGUAGCUUUUUUGAAAUUUCAGAGGAAGUUGUGCUCAUAGGUUGGUGUUCUUACAUCAUCAGUAACUGCUUUGUGGUUGACGUUGUGACUUCCAGAGAACGCUGACCAAUUGACAAACACCUGUUGCAAACAAGACGUAAAAGCAUUUGGUCAAUGUAGUCAUGCUCAGGUCAUCUGAACUGAGAUCAUUAUUGUGGUAUUCUCCAGCAAGUAGAUACUGCAGUUGGGAUGUUCUUGUAAUGCCCUGUCACUUGUAUGUUUAUCACAGUGUCAGUUUUAUUAAAAUACCAUGGUGCUUGAAGUUUCUCAAUAUAUUCAAUUUGAAUAGUUUCACCUGCUACAUCCAUCACUGUGAAAUUAGAACAAUCUCUCCAGUGUUGUUUACAUACAUUUAUGUUUGUGUCAGUGUCUUUUAUUUAUUGCAAUCAUGGAUUUGUGGAUCAUGGUUGAUUGCUUGGGGUUUUCAUGGCAGAAGUGACCCCUAUUCGGUGCCAUAACAAGUGUCAGAUGAGACUUAUUACAGAUUUACUACAUAUUUGCAUAAACUGAAUCGUGUAAAAUACAAACAUCAUUUUCCACUUUUCAUAAUUUCAAAUUCAGAACAGAGCAGAUUUUUCACUGAAGGAGUGAUACAGCAAGAAAGAAGAACUUUGUUCCAGUUCACUCUUUAGUGCAUUUCACCAGUUUCCUUGUUUUCCAAUACAUUUGAUAAAAUGGUACAUCAAAACAAAAUGGUGACAUCUCAUACACUCAUAAAUCUGCUUUUCUUUCCGCACUAACCCUCUGUGUCUACCUGUUACAUAAACAGUCGAUUAGGAAUAUGAUAAAUACAGAGGCUGUCAAAAGUGGAUUGGAACAGGGCCGAUGUCCUUUCCUAGUGUCCUUAAUAAGCCCUGCUUCCUGAUUUCAUAAACAGUGGUUCGGUCCUCCCAUAUGACCUUCAAAUCUGGUCCACUCUCUCUCGCAGUUCUACUGAUGUGUUGUCACAUAUAAUAUAAAUGACAGUAAUAAAGAAGAUAUUAAUGAAAAUAUUAUUAAAUGAUGAUUCUGUGUUCUGUACUUAAUGAAUGAUAUCAAGAAAAAACAAUAAACAUUUACACUAUUCUCAAAGACAACA